GCAGAAAGAGUCCUUCAGGAGAUCCAGACCCUGAGACGCCCAAUCCAGCGAUGCAACACCACUGCUCCCAGUGUAAUAUGAGUUUUAAGUGGUUAUGGAAGCUGAAAGAGCAUGAAAGGAAACACACAGGAGAAAAGCCCUUCCAAUGCUCCCAGUGUGGAAAUAAAUUCUCACGAUCACAUGACCUAAAAUCACAUGAGCGGACACACACAGGGGAAAAACCACACAAUUGCUCACAGUGUGGAAAGCUUUUUUCCCAUUUAGGGAACCUGAACAAACAUAAGAGAAUACACUCUGGAGAGAAGCCUUACCCCUGUUCCCAUUGUGGAAAGAAUUUUAGGUUGUCAGGUAACCUGAAAACGCACGAGAGGACACACACAGGGGAGAAACCUUACCAUUGCUCCCUGUGUGGAAAGGAUUUUACCAAGUUAGGGAACCUGAAAGAUCAUGAGAAGAAACACACAGGAGAAAAGCCUUACCACUGCUCCAAUUGUGGAAAGAGAUUUUCAACAUCAUCGGACUUAAGAAAGCAUGAGAUGACGCACACAGGGGAGAAGUCUUACCAUUGCUCUCAGUGUGGAAAUAGUUUCUUACGAUCACAUGACCUAAAAUCACAUGAGCGGACACACACAGGGGAAAAACCACACAGUUGUUCCCAGUGUGGAAAGUGUUUUUUGCAUUUAGGGAACCUGAACAAACAUAAGAAAAUACACUCUGGGGAGAAGCCUUACCCCUGUUCCCAUUGUGGAAAAUUCUUUAGGUCGUUAGAUAACAAGAGGGAGCAUGAGAAGACACACAUAGGUAAGAAGCUUCACCAUUGCGCCUUGUGCGGAAAGAGAUAUUCACGAUCACAUGACCUAAAAUCACAUAAAAGAAAACACACAGGCGAAGAAAACACACAAUUACACACCAAGGGGAAAAAUCACACAAUUGGUCCCAGUGAGGAAAGAAUUGUACGCAGUUAGAGAACCUCGUCCAAUUGUGGAACUAUAUUUUCCCGGUCACAUUACCUAAAUUCACAUCAAAUCAAACCAAGCGGUAUUUAUUCAGCACAUUUCAGACAUGGAACACAAUGAGCUUCAUGGGAAAAAACGAUGAAAACAAAAACUGAAACGUUUACUACACAACAAACAUAAGAGGAUAAGAAACUAAAGAUUGACUGGUCUUGGUCAGUGCCUGUACAGUUGACCAAUGGCUGUCUUGUGUAGACCAGACAGGAGAGCAUUACAGUAGUCAAGCCUGCUUGUAAUAAAUAUUACUACACAACAAACAUAAGAGGAUAAAAAACUAAAGAUUAACAAUAAAACUAUUUGUGCCCAGCUGUCGAUAAAAACACUGGUGGGCUAGCACUGCUAGCAUUUGUCUGCUCCAUUUUCAUGAUGGCGGCUAAUUGCUACUUAACAGGAAA